AUGGCUCUAUUGAGCGGUCAAGCACAAUUCUAUAUACUAAUGGUUCUCUUCACGGAAAUCACGACCCCGUUUGUCAAUCUGAGAUGGCGUCUUGACAUUGCUGGCAUGAAGAAUUCAAGAAUCUACAUUUACAAUGGCGUCGCGUUGUUUUUCGGAUGGCUGGUUGCGAGGAUUGUUUUGUUUAUGUUCUUCUUCUAUCACAUGUUUAUCCAUUUUGACCAGGUGAAGGAAAUAUUCCCGUUGGGGUUUUACAGCUUGAUUUCGGUACCGCCGGUGAUAUCGGUGAUGAACAUAUUCUGGUUCUGGAAAAUCGCAAGAGGUAUGGUGAAGACACUAAGAAAGGCUAAGCACAGCCAAUAG